CCAUUUAGAUUUUUUUUAAGAAAUUUAGAACUUAAUCUUUCACGGAAUCUUUUUGGUCUUUUUCGGAGUAACGAACCAAUGAUCUCUAAAUGCGCAGGUAUCCUUCUGUUGAUCAACAGCAUGCGGCAGCUGUUCAAAUCGUAAAAUUAUUUCCACAACUUAGUAAUACGCGAGUCACACCAACUGCUCCUGAUGAGUCAUUUUUCUUUUGGCGCAACGGAGGCAAGGAAAAGGGUGCUCAUACUGGCAUGAUAUUUCAUCGCAUCCGGAAUGUCAUCAAACAGCUACCUGCAGAAAAACAUAAAUAUAAUCGAGGAACUAUGCCUGUAGAAGAGUCCGUUUCAACUGAACUUGUAGAGCGGGCUCAAUUGCUCCGAGUAAUGCUUGCAUCGGCAUCAGUAGCAGAACAUAUUUGUGAUGAAAUGGACCGAUGCUUUCCAGUCCUCAAACUGUUAUUAAAAGAAAAGAAACCCGUUAAUGAUAUCUUGGAUAUGUUUCCACACCUGUGUUCAUAUGAAGGAUUGGUGAUUCGUCAAAUGUUUGAGAGAUUGUAUCCUAACAGAACAGAAGGUCUCAAAAUCGAGGAUGUCUUCUCUCAGUGUCUAUCUUAUUCACCGUCCAGAUUCUCUAGAGUAGAAGAUGAUCACAUUCGAGGAUGCUUGAGAAUAAUUUCUCAUAUGCCAAUUCGCGGACAAAAAAGAACGCUGGUAGGCUGUCCAACUGUAGGCGAAGAACAUUCGGCUUCAAUUUUAAUUCGUUGGAUUGGGGAGUGCUUAGAUACAUACGUGGCAUCCCCCGCAACUGAUUCCAAACUACACAUGGUGUGCGUAGCAAGCCCGAUGAAAAGAGGAAAUUAUGCCGUCAUUUGUGAGAAAAAAGUUAUAUUCGAGACUAACAAUUCUAUUCAUGCAGUGGAAAUUUUAUUCAAAUGCCACGCAGUUCUCGGAGUGGAGGUGCCACCUAAUUUUAGAAUGUUUUGGGACUUUCUGGCAUGUGCCAUAUAUAAUAUAAUUCCGCACAGUCAGAGGACAACUGUGAAUAGACUCGUCCAAACUUUUAUUGAAGUUUCCUGCGCACGUAUUGACAACAAAUAA